AUGAUAGAUGAGAAAAAAGUUGAAGACUUAAAACAGUUUGUGACUCUUUGUCAAGAAAAUCCCUCAAUUUUGUUGAAACCCGAAUUGGGGUUCUUUAAAAAGUUCAUUGAAAGUUUUGGAGGUAAGGUUAAUAAAGACAAAGAAUUUUUUGAGAAAAGUGCAAGUGAUGAAAGUACAGAAGAAAAAUCAGAUGAAGAAGAAGAAGCUGAAGAAG